UCAACCACGUAGUCAAGAGUGCAGAUGAGCAGUUCACUCUUAAGAGUGAGAGAAGCAGGUGUGCAUCCUAAAAUACAUCAGAGCUUGUUCUUUUCAAUGAUUUGCAAACCUAUGAAAUCAUUGCUCAUUUAGCUGAUCAUGGGGGCUUCACAAAGCAAGGAUAAGAUGCAGUGCAACAGAUACCUGAAUGGAAAAGGUCCUCCGCCGCUGACUGAGACAGGUGGUCAAGGAUCAAACAACCACAAAAAGAAUAGUGUGAUAAAACAAGGAAACCAGCCAGACGGAGGGCAGAUGAAUUGGAAUAUCGAGAGACGGAGUUUGCCGGGACAUUCUGACUGUGACACCAUUCAAAUCGUCUUUCAUUUUGAUGAUGGAAUCCAGUCGGACAAGCAGCCUCAUCCAGGACACAGCUACAAGGGCACUGAAUUUGUGGCCUACCUGCCUCAGAACAUCACAGGGACCAAGAUACUCCAGCUACUGGAGCAGGCCUUCGAACACAAGCUGCUGUUCACUGUGGCGGCCAAUAGCAGCGGUGAAUACUGCGUGAUGCCUGCAGAUAUACCACUGAAGACUCUGGACAGUGGGGGACCUGGAAGCUUGGGCUAUCCAGAUCCAACGUACUUGAAAUCAGUGAGGAAAAGUCUCAAGGUAAAGGGGAUCAAAUGAGAGAGAAUGGACUACUAAUACUACAACUGUUGAUUCCAAACCUCAUCAUGACCCUGCAUGAUGAAGAUAUGGAUAUGGUGAUGGCAUGAUUACAUGGAGUUUGACAUGUCCAAAUCUACAGAACCUGGUCAAGGCUGAUCAAUUUGAGAAUGAGGACCUUUAUAUGCUGAAACCGAGUUGCAACGAUGCACAUGGCGACUUGUGAGAUGUAGUGUAUUUUCUAUUAAAAAGAUGAAGAAUGAAGUAAGACAGUAUUGUAUACACUGCAAACCAUUGUACAGUAUAUUUGUUUAAAGUGUUUUAAAUAAUUUAAAAUAAAAA